AUGCAAAUAAAGGCAGAGUCCUGGGGAAACUCGAGCGUUGGCACCAGCCCAGGAAGUCGGACCGCACCGCGGAGGCGGAGCGCAGAUAAGUCCCGCCCCACGCUCGGACGCCCGCCAAUCGCAGUGAACGACGUCGUAAGCAGAGGUUCGACUGGCGGCGCGCGCGAGAGAAGAGGAGGCGGCGCGCGAGGGAAGAGGAGGCGGCCUGCGCCAGAGGAGAUGCCCCGUGGCGGCGCUUGCGGUCCUAAGAGGAAAAGAACUUGGGAUUCAGAGUACCCGUCCUUUCCAGAAGAGAGACCACUGCAGUCCCAAAGAACAGGUCUCAGGACAGUGGGAGAAGCUGCCUCCCUCUCUGACACUUGGCUGACGUGUGGAGAAGGAUUUCAGGGUACUUCUGGGAACCAGUUGUUAACAAAUGAAAAGGCAACUACUACAGGAAAGAACCUUAAAUUUUCUCGAAGACCAAGAAAAGAAGCUAUCACAUAUAACAGUACCACUGAACUUACAGAUAUAACAUGGAGUUCCAGUGGAAGUGAUCUGUCAGAUGAAGAUGAGAUACUUCCUAAAUCACAAAAAGAUAAUGGACAUGGCUCUAAAAUAGACAGAUUUUGUAACAGGAAUAUUUUAAGUCCAGAAGAAGGGGCCAGUGAAGAUGAAUUACAAUUUAUUGACUGGGAGAUCGACAGUGACAGGGAAGAUGCUAUUGAAUGUAAUGAAUAUGAAGAUGGUGAUGGUGCUGUGGAAAUCUCAGAUUGUGCUUCCUGUGCAAGUAGUAACUCAUUGGCAAGUGAGAAGUCAUCUGAUCUUCUUAAGAUUGGGCAUUUUGGGAGUCUUCAGAACCAGCAGGACUAA